CCCGCCCUGCUCACACCCGGUCCCGCCUGAGCUCUGCCCGAGUCUGGGGGAGAACCGUGCGGGCCUGGAGAGUGGUGGAAAAAGGAUUUAAAUUAUUAUGCAGAUUAUCAAAGGGGUCAAUGGACGAAGAUGUGACGACCCUCUCUCUCCACACCCACCAGCCCAAAAUCAUAUUCCGUGGGUCAGGUGGGGAUGGUGAAGCUGAGGAGGACGAGGUUGCCGUGGAGCUGCAGGGGACAGUCCUGGUAUCUGCUGUAGAAGGGGAUGAUGAGAUGGAAGUGCAUGGUUUUGCUCCUGAGGAGCUGGUCAUCCAGGACGGCAUUGAGGACGUGGUGGCCGAGUAUGUUCAGUGCACGCAGGAAGAGGAUGAAGGCCUGGGCACCGUAGCUGUGGAAACCUGCGUGAUGUCACCCGACGUGGCUCUGGAAGACGAGGGCCUGCAGGUGGACGUUCUCACGGCCGCUGAAGUGCACGGGGAUCCGGAAACGUGUGGCGAUUACCUUAUGAUUUCCUUGGAUGAAACUGGAAAGAUUGUUUCAGAUGAAGCUGCAAAGAUCACAGUUGAGGGCGCUCUGCAGGACCAGGAGGAUGGAGAAAAGGAUGAUGAGGGUCAAGAGGUCAUCAAAGUUUACAUCCUUAAGGCUGACUCAGGAGAGGAUGAUCUGGGUGGCACGGUGGAUAUAGGAGAUGCUGAUAUUGAUGUGGCUGAUAGUGUGGAACUGGUGGACCCCUCAGGGCUGCCCAUCAGAGAGAAAAUGGUCUACAUGACAAUGGGGGAAGCCAAUCAAAACCAGGAUGACAUCAAUGUUGCUAAGAUCACUGAUGAAGUGUACAUGGAAGUGGUGGUGGAGGGUGAGGAUCCUGCCAAUCAUCAGCGGCCAUUUGAUAACACCUCACUCAGCAAGGACUUCAUGCCCGUCGCCUGGGCAGCCGCUUAUGGUGGGGAGGAGGCUGAAAGUUGUGAGAACAGAAAUGGAGCAGCCAGCGCUGUGUUACACAUUGAAGAGUCUGAAAUGAUAGAGAAGCUCAACCGUCAACGAAGCAAGAACAAGAGCAAAAAACGCUCUGAAUCACGUCAUAUCCAAACAGAUACAAAAUCUCUACAAAAGUGCAUUACACAAGAAGAUAAGCGAAACAUCGGAAAGUAUCACGCAAUUAUCAUUGGGCCAUAUGGCCAGCCACUCACAGUGUACCCCUGCAUGUUAUGUGGGAAGAAAUUCAAGUCGCGUGGUUUCCUGAAGCGGCACACCAAGAACCACCACCAGGAUGUGAUAAACAAGAAGAAAUACCAGUGCACAGACUGUGAUUUCACAACCAAUAAAAAAGCUAGUCUCCACAACCACAUGGAGAUCCACGCUCUGAACAGCAAGGCUGCUCCAUUCGAGUGUGAGACGUGUGGUAAAGAUUUCCACCAGCAGGCAGCGCUCUUCUCCCACCGGCUGCAGCACCACCACCGGGAGACAAAGCUGCAAAUCCCACCACCAUCUACCAAAAUGUACAGCUGCAAGUUCUGCGAUUACGAAACAGCAGAGCAGGGUCUGCUCAAUCGGCACCUGCUGGCUGUGCAUAGCAAAAACUUUCCUCACAUUUGCGUGGAGUGCGGGAAGGGCUUUCGGCAUCCGUCUGAGCUGAAAAAACACAUGAGAACUCAUACAGGGGAGAAGCCCUACUCCUGCCUCUACUGCGACUACAAAUCGGCCGAUUCCUCCAACCUGAAGACCCAUGUGAAGACCAAGCACAGCAAAGAGAUGCCCUACAAGUGCGACCGCUGUUUCCAGACAUUUGCUGAAGCUGAGGAGCUCCAGCAGCAUGCUCUUACGCACGAAGAGGCUAAAAGCCACCAGUGCGCCCACUGCGAGCACCGCAGUUCCAACUCCAGCGAUUUGAAACGUCACAUCAUUUCUGUUCAUACCAAAGACUACCCGCACAAAUGCGACGUUUGCGGCAAAGGCUUCCACCGGCCGUCUGAGUUAAAAAAGCACUCAGCUGCCCACAAGGCCAAAAAACUGCACCAGUGCCGCCACUGCAGUUUCAAAACUGCUGACCCUUUUGUGCUCAGCCGCCACAUCCUGUCCGUGCACACCAAAGAGCAGCAGGCUUUUUCGGACAAAAAGGGGCUGAAGAAGGCCUUUGUGCUCGGAACUCACGGUGGUAAGAAGGUUUUGGCCACUGCAGGUGCGUCCAAAGUGCGUAGGGAACGGCGAGUGUAUCAGUGUGAGUAUUGUGACUACAAUACAGGAGAUGCUUCAGGCUUCAAGAGACACGUCAUAUCCAUCCACACGAAGGAUUACCCACACCGCUGCGACUUUUGCUCCAAGGGUUUCCGCAGACCUUCAGAGAAAAACCAGCACAUAGCGCGCCACCACAAAGAUCUAAUGCCUGGCAUGUAAUGUUCUCCAAAUACUGCGAUCAGUAGGGCUGCAUGAUAGAUAGUUUACUGAUUGUUUUUUGCCAUAUUGACCUCUGCAGUGCUCAUAUUGCAGUAUGCAAUGUCUGAUUGUGAUAUCACUAAACUGCUCUUGUGGAAGGCUGCAAGAUGCAAAUGCACCUCUAACUAUGACAUUACUCAUCUGCUAUUGUAGAAGGCUGCAAAAUGCAAAUGCAUCUCUAAUCAUGACGUCACUAAAUGCUUCAUUUGCUGUGAGCGUUCUGAAGAAUCAGUUGUUUUUUCAUUUAUAUUAUCUAACAGAUGUAAAAAGCAAGAACACUUUGGUCAAAUAUAUUGCAAGGCAUAUCACAAUCACAACAUAGAGCAAUAUAAUCACAAUGUAAUAUUUUAGCCGUAUCGUGCAGCCCUAGUGGUCAGCAGGCUAGCGAGUGCAUUCUAAGCAGUAAGACUGCUUUUAGCAUUUUUUUUUUUUUAAAUUUUAUGGAGAUAAUGCUCACCUCAAGAAUGCUGGCUAAGUGCAGUCACAUGGGUCAGGGCAGUACAGUUGAGAUGAAGGAGUAGAGCAGGGGUGUCCAGCUUAAAUCUAAAAGGACCUUGGUCCAGCACAGAUGGGUGAUUUCAGGGACCAGAAGUGGGCACCUCUGGACUAGAUUUCGUGGUGGAGAACAUUUUUAUGUUUUCUCUUUUAGCCGUUGUCUGCCUGAGUUUUUGUUCCGUUUUCUGACACACCCUUGUUAUAUCCGACAGUGCUGGAGAUGCACCGCAGUGAGCUCGCUGGCAGCAGGAAUAUGUGGUAGAAGCUGUGAUUCAAAAUGAAUUUGAAGCUUGUUUAUGUUCUUGUUUUUGAAUUGUUUUCAUUUUCAAUGUGUAUUUUUGUCAUUUUGUAAUGACAGAGUGGUCACCCUGCAAUUAGAUGUUCAACAAAAAUGCAAGUCCUUUCAGAUUUCUAGACAGGAUGGAUUGGUCAGUAAAAUGGAAACAAUGUUUUGAAGUAGAAACCAUGUGAAACCAUAAGAUAUUGGACAUCUGACCAAUGAGCCCGGAGUCUGAGUUUUGCUCCAAGCGUUUCUGCAAAUCCUCAGGAAAAAACAGCAUGUUGUGCGUUUGAAAGGCUUCAGAACAUUGUUUCUUCUACUUGUGAUAUAAUUUUCAGUGAUGUCAAAAUAAGAGAUUCGAACAGCUUUGUUCACAGUAUAAACCACCAGGUACUGGACAUCUGCCUGAUGAUUCAGUAUAAAAAAUGUCUUUCAGCUCUUGUCAAAUCCAAAACACCAUCUUCUAGAAUACUGGUAUGUAGCGCAAAACUGAUGUAAACAAAGCCUUUAAAAAUCAUGGAUCAACUAUAAAAGAGUGAGGAUAUACCAUGAAAUAAAAUCAUGGAUCAGCAAAUGGAGCAAACUUUUGCUUACCUGCUUUUUAGCAUCUCCAUCAAAAUAUCAUGUUAAUGUUCACCGCAAAUGUAAAAAUCCUAACAAAGUCAGCCAUUAGUGAAUGAAGAGCCAGACACCAUAUUAUUGUUUAUGUGCACAUUUCAAUUUUAUGUUUGUUUGUUUAGACAACAAAUAUUUGGCUCAUGAUUGUGCAUUUAAAUGACGUUUCUCUGCUUUGUGGAAGUUUUCAGUUGUGUGUGUGUUGCUUGUGUUUGGUAAAUUAAGAUUGAGCAGUAAGAUUCAUAAGAGUCCUAACUGUAUCUGCAGUGGCAGUGCUGGUUGAUAGCUCUCUUUAGGUCUUACACAAU